AACUCAUUGACCCUUAUUAUUUUUCUUACAAAGAAAACUAAAAAUGGUAAACACCAUGCAACACAAACAGUGGUUUUCUGCUGUCAUCCUGUUACUUUAUGUGAAGGAUGGUCUUUUCCUUGAUGAUAGACAUUGCUCCAAGUCACUGGAAACUAUGCAGAUAGUCGAAACCUGUCCUCGUAACAAGAAUGAAAUGGAAGAGGCUGCCAAAGAAAAAAAUUGUCCAUAUCAUGCAAAGAACCAAAGUUGUGCUGUUCCAGAAAAGUUCAAAUAUCAUUGCGUUAUUAAUGUUUUCAGGAAUCAAUCUAUCGAGGUGUGCGCCCCAGAAAGAAAAAUUAAUGGUUAUUGUGCAGAAUUUAACGUCGAUGGUGCGAGAAUACAAGAUCAAUACCAGACUGAUUGUACAGUUUUAGACCCACCUUGUCCAACAAGAUACAGUUCAACUGAAGCUUAUUUAUAUCAGGCGUGUUAUAAACACCCCUCAGUCUUGACAAACACGACUACUAACGAAAUUUCCUCUGCUGGAAGCCGCAGUACAUCACCUAGUAAUUUCUUGCCGAACAGUGAAACUGACAAUAAAAUUUCGGCAUUAUGGAUUACCCUCACAGUUAUUGGAAUUAUUCUACUGGUUGCCAUACCUUUACUUCUCACCUUUUUAUGGCAGGAAAUGAAACCCUUAGUUGUGCAUGAUUUAGAGGGCAAGUAUUUAAAUAAUGAGUUAAAUCAAAUAUAA